AUGGGAGCGGGUGAACCGCCUGUAGUGGCAGGAAAGCAGCCAUUUUUGAUUCGAUUACGAGGAUGGAUAUUUUGCGCUUUCACGGCGAUCUCUGCUUUACUCGGAACGAUUUUCAUCAUCACACCUUUACUACCUAUUCUUUACAUCAAACCUCGACUAUGGCGCAAGUGCAUGGACCGUUUGGUUGGAAUUUGGGUAGUCAUGCCUGGAGCCCUAAUGACCUACGUGUUUGGUGCAAGAGUCCGGAUACGCGGCGAUAUGAUCGAUCACAGCAAACCAGCACUCAUAAUUAUGAACCACCGAACUAGGUUAGAUUGGUUGUACUUUUGGAAUGCCCUUUUCAAGAUGGAUCCCUGGUUAUGUACAUCGGAGAAAAUCAUCCUGAAAGGAAUUCUUAGACUUAUCCCAGGAGCAGGUUGGUAA